AUGACUGAAACCAGCGACCCUUUAGUCCACUGUCGCACAAUAUUUCGCACCCCGGCCGUCAGAUGCACUUGGUUCUCUUGUCGCCGUGAGUUUUUAUAUUGUGUAUUGGAUUCACUACUAGGUAAGCAUGUAAUCACUACCGCGCCUCCUAUCUCGUCUCACACAUUAUCUGCAGGUCAUCUUGAAGCGUGCAGGCGUGGGAUCAUGCACCGCGACACCAGCGACGGUAACGUUUGGUUCUGGGUUCCCCAGACAGAUCCCCAAUAUGCAGUUCCAGAAUGGUAUCUAUCACCCCAGAAUGGUAAACCAGAAUUUUGCACCCUGGAAAUCCCUGCACCCUGGUUUCCCAAGCGUCCUGGGAUGGCCGGUGAUUUCGGCCUUGGCCUGAACAUGUUGGAUGAAACCGGUGCGGCCAAUGCUGUAACUACCACUGGAACUUUCCCUUUUGGCACCACCGCCGACUCAAAAGAGGCUCCCCACCUCACGCACGACCUAGAGUCAUAUAUUUUCCUGAUUUGGAUCGUGGGCGUGAAUUUCAAGGGUCCGUACCAUCAGGUCGAACACUGGACUGAUCCUCCAAAG